GUAGCGCAGCAGGCAAGGUGGGUGCCAUGGCCCUGAUUGAAGGGGUGGGUGAUGAGGUGACCAUCAUUUUUGCGGUGCUUGCCUGCCUCCUGGUGCUGGCCCUUGCCUGGGUCUCAACACAUACCACCGAGAGGGUUGAUCCACUACCCCAGCCGUCAGGGACCCCAACUUCAGCACAGCCCAGCAAAGCCAUGACCGCUACGAGUAGCCUCAGAGGGACAGCCCCUGGACCGGAGGCCCCCAGCCUGAGACACAGAGGUCAAGCUGCACAGCCAGAACCUGGCCCAGGGCUCCCAGCAACACCAGACCCCCCACAGCAGCCCCUUGUGCUUCGGCUGAAAUUCCUCAAUGAUUCAGAGCAGGUGGCCAGGGCCUGGCCCCAGGACACCAUCGGCUCCUUGAAAAGGACCCAGUUUCCUGGCCGGGAACAGCAGGUGCGACUCAUCUACCAAGGGCAACUUCUAGGAGACGAUUCCCAAACCCUGGGCAGCCUUCACCUCCCUCCCAACUGCGUUCUCCACUGCCACGUGUCCACAAGGGUCAGCCCUCCACAUCCCCCGUGCCCACCGGGGUUGGAGCCAGGCCCCUCCGGCCUGGAAAUAGGCAGUCUGCUGCUGCCCCUGCUGCUUCUGCUGCUGCUGCUGCUCUGGUACUGCCAGGUCCAGUAUCGGCCCUACUUCCCCCUGACCGCCACGCUGGGCCUAGCCGGCUUCACUCUGCUUCUCAGUCUCCUGGCCUUUGCCAUGUACCGCCCGUAG